ACAACUCGCAUAUUCCCAUUACGUACCAAAGAUCCGUCUUGAAGGUCUGCGUCUUUCACCAAUUCCAACGAAAACGAUCACUUAAAAAAAGCAUUGUGCAAGAAUCAUUGUCUACCUUGUUUAAAAAGUAAAUACAGUACGCCAUCGGUUCAGAACUUGGGAUUUACAAAUUCUGUUUAUCAAAACGAAAUUCGAUUAUUAUAAAAACAGAAGCUACAUAUGUGUCUCUUGUAUGGAGUAAAGAUUUGAAGAAGAAAAACCAUUUUAUUUUUUAUUUAUUUAUUAUUUUAAUGCUUUAAGACAUGAAUUUCGACCUAGAUCUACUUACAGGCUUGCAGAUUUUGGGACAGAAAACGUCAGCUUCGGUUACAAAUGGACCCAAAAAAAGAGCAUCAGUUGCUGUAAUUCUUGCAACAGAUCCUCCCCAGACAACAUCUACCCCAAAUUGGAUUCAUCGAAUCCCUGCUAGUGUAACACCUCAUGUCCUCCUAAUUCAGAGAGCUUUUCGUGAAACAGAUCGAUGGUCUGGUCACGUCGCUUUUCCUGGUGGUAUUCGUGAAACCGAUGAUAAAUCCGAUGUAUACACUGCUAUACGAGAAACAAAAGAAGUAGUGGGUAUCGAUCUUUGCGAGCAAGGGGCGUAUCUUGCCGGCUCUUUAGAUGAAAGAGUUAUUUCUUCCAAUUGGGGUAGCACUCCUCUACUUGUACUUUCAUCUUUUGUAUUCGUGUUACCAAAACUUUGUGAAUUCCAAUUUAAUGAAACAGAAGUCUUUUCCGCCCAAUGGAUCCCUCUUACUGAUCUAUUGCGCCCAAACUUUUUUACUCAUGUUAAAGUUGACCCUUCUCGAGCUAUAGCCAAUCGUACCAUACCUUCUUUGGAACCUUUCUUACGAUUCUUUGUUGGUAAACUGUUCUAUUCUGCUAUACGCUUAGAACCUCAUAUCGACUCACCAGCUUCUCGACUUUCCGCCGACAAGCGACCAUUACUAUGGGGUAUUACUCAUAGCGUAUUCGUCGACUUAUUUGUCUAUUUUUCCCCUUCUUCUGCGAAAUCUUGUAUCAUAUGGUCUUUACCGUACUUUGAGCAUUAUGACUUUCGAGCUAUUACCAAUAUCAUAUCAUGGAAAUACAAAAGGAAUAUGUCCAAAAAAUAUCCCCAAGGCAAUUAUGCUCUUAAAACGCUCAAAGGAUAUUAUAAGUACUUACAGUUGUCUUUAAUAAUUGGAUCUUUACUUCGUGCUGUAGUCUGUUACUUUCUUUUUAUUACUUAUUACAGUCUAUUAUGUAGCCAUAGUAAUUAAUAAAGGCUUAUUCUCCCUGUC